GGGUUUGUUCAACCAUUUCAGUAAGUAACCUGUCUGUCAUUCACCCCGCCAGCUCUCUCCUUUUUUUUUCCUUCCCUUUUUCGUCUUUUCAAUUAUCUACCCGGAUUAAUCUGGUCGUGUCUUUUCCUCGUUUCUACUUUUAUGCGGUUUAGUAAUCAAAUUUGCCGGCGGCGCAUCUCGACGAUCUCUCACUCGUCCCGUAGUUUUCAAGUAUUGACUUUUUACUCGAGGUAGUUCCCAGUGUAAUCACUGAAGUUAUUUCCAUCAUAAGGGAAAAGGCGGCUAAGAUGACACGACUUCGACAAAACUCAAGGGAACGAACGCAGGUAUCUUGUUGUUAUUUUCGCAAGCCCUCGCGGCUGCCCGCGCAUUGGGAUUUAACGAAGCCUCCUUCCUACCGCAUCACGUUCUUAGAUAGAGUGUGAUUGGGUUAUCCCAAAAAUUGAGUCAUGGAGAAUAACCAGUACAUUUUACAACGAUGUCAAUUCAAAGAAUGCGAAGCCCCUAUCUUCAUCAAGGGACCUUAUUGCUCAACGCAUACUGACAGCAUAAACGCGCUCAAACCUGCAACCGUUAUAAUGCCCUCUUCUACUCCGGAUUAUCAGCAGCCGAGCAAUGAUCAACAUUUUCAACGGCCCGCAUCGCAGCCCCAAAGUAAUUCCACUGCUAUAAUCCACCAAUCAGAGAAGCUGAGAGAUGCUAUCACUGUGAAGGCACCACUUCCAAUGGCGGGUCCUGUGAACGAAAAGAAGCACCUUCCCAUUAAAAUGGUAGCAAGGAAAACUGCCGGCAACGCGUUUUCUAACUCGAAGCACGAACCAGUAGGCGUACGCAAGUCCGAGCCCAAGCUACCUUUUAAUGCUAGCCCUACUGGGGAUAUCUCUUCCUCGAGUCAACGACCACAAAAACGGCCAAAAUUGUCUGCUGACGUGGAUAAAGGCGAAGUAGAGACCUAUCGUCGUGUUUCUCUAUCUCCCGCGGUGAUAUCGACGAAUAUUGGUGAACGUGAUCACGAACCCGUGGCAGCUUCUGACUUUGCUCUUCGGCCGAGGAAAGGAAUAUCUUCUCCGUUGGAAACGCCAUCAGGGCCUGGAUCACGGGAUAUUUCAUCUUCGAAACCUUUCUACAAGGGUCGGCCACGUGAGCAACAAAGUCUAUAUGACAACUCCAAGGGUUACAAAAUUCCAACUCACGAGGUCAUAGACCUCACAGAGGAUGAUAACCCUCGUCCCCGAUCUUCCAAUAAUGCCGUUGAAAAUCUGAAUGUCAGUACAGAGAAGCAUCACGAAGACCAUGCCGGAGGUCCCAACCCUCGCACUGCACAUAUUCCAUCCGAGUCAAGGCGCGAGGGAGAGUCAAUAAAGGUGCAAGUCUCCAAAAGUAAAGACACGAGUAAGCCGCGCGGAAAUGGUGCAACGGGUUGGAAAGAGCAGAACGGUGUUCGCAAGAUAAGUUCCAAUUCGACAGUUCGGUCCCUCGCGCGGAAGCCUCACGUUCAUAUCGCACCCCGACCCGCGCCAGCGUUGCCUUCGCCGGACUCACAGGUCGCUUCACCGGCAACGGAACCCAAACCAGCUAACGGCAAGCAAGUCUCUGUCCAGCAUCCUAAAUUGCCCCAUGAAAACCCCGCAGCUGAAGCCUGUCAGAAUGAUACUCAAGAUCAAGGAAAAGGCGAAGUGCCAGAACCGGCGGAAGGUACUAGAAGAGUUGUCAAUGGUGCUGCUACUAAUCCCCCACCAGUAACGUCUGCUGUUCCUACUACAGUUGCAACGUUGGACACUACAAGGGUUAAUGGGGUGCAUCGUAUACCACACGUCCCGACGAAAGAACAGGUAGAUGAAUAUAUACGCAAUAUACUUGAAAAUCCGACAAGAAUAAACAUUCCCACCAUAAAAAGCCCUAGAAUUGACUUAGGUACUCCAUUAUCUCGGUUAAAUUCCGAGGAAGUACCUAAUCCUACACAACGGUCGCCGAGUAGGGAAGAUUCAGAUCCUUCAAGUACACAGACACUCGGUAGAUCACAGGUGGCGGAGAAACCUCCCUCAGCAAAACGUCAUCAGGCUGUGCCAAAGACAGCACAGCCUGCCAAUAAUCGGAGCACAGCAAAGAGGCCUGCCAAUCCGUCGGUGGGCGAAUCAACUCUUGCAUCCAUAAUUCAAAACCGGCGUUGGAAACACCUGAGCCCCGAGGAAAGGCGGCAGGUCUGGAUAUCUAAGCAUGAUCCGGAUAAAUUCGACUCAUAUAUCUACGGAAAACUUAAUGAAGCUAAUAGACCUGGCUCUAUGUCGUUCGGUCGACCUGAAUAUCAACAACCUCCGCGUCCCACUCGUCCAGCGACACAUUUUGGCCAUAUAGACCCGCGAGUCCACUGGACACGUCCCCGCUCCAAGAAGUGGUAUUUUGAAAAACAGAACGAGAUUCGUGAACGGGGAAGUAGAAAAAGUAAUUUUGGCCAAGCUGCAGCUCGUGCAGUGAAGCGGAGACGAGAAGAAGGCGACGACGCGCCCAGAAUCGACUUACCUGAUCGAGUGCAGAAUAACCCUGCCUGGUUAUCCGCUCUAGAUGAACUAGACGCGAUGGCAGACCAGUAUUACGCGCAAAGGCGUCAUAUCCGUCAAAAGGGCAUCCAACAAAAGGAGAUGGAAGGUAAAAACAUGGUUGUGAAUGAAGAUAGUGAUAUCGAAAUGGACGGAGAUCCAGCAGAGGCCGUUUGAAGGUUCAAAAGUGAGCUAUAAUUCCACACUCCCGGGCCGACUAGCCGCCCGUGAAGUUAAUGGCCCGAGGACUAUUGAAAAAUGCACAUAUAUAAUGUUUUUGGCUGGCGCUGCUACGAAUAGCUAGGCUUCCGAUGGCAUGGCGAUAUAGGCAAUAAGGAAAUGAUCUUUAAAGAUUAUUACAUUAGACGGCGUGAGGCGUCUUUAGACAGGGAGAUACCACUUACUAGGAGGUAGCUUCAAGUUUACGGAGGAGCUAGAAACAAUAUAUGAACCAGGGUGGUUGAAGGUAGUCAGUCGCUACUAUACACUCUAAUCAUACGUACAUGCGAUUCGGGUAUCUUGGAAAAUUACUAUGCGUAUGCCACUAGGAGAAAUUGACUGAGACCAAAAUUAUAAACUAUUACUAGCCAGCUAUGCUCCAUGUUACUUUCGCUGAGUUCCCAGGACCAGGGAUGAC